GUUUUACAACUACAACUCCCAUAAUGCUUUGGAGAUAUGAACAGGAAAUGUAAUGCUGCCAUGGAGUUAGUUGUUAGUUAGUCUGUAUUUUUUAGCUUCUUCGGCAAAUUAGCUCAAUCAAAGGUAUGCCGAACUAGCUCCUAGAAGUUCCUGUUUACAAUGUACCCAUGGAUGUGCAGAAAACUAUAACCGGAGUACUGUGAUACUGAAGAAAACUAAAAAAUGUGAUAAUUCUCAGGCAAGUCCGGAAGUCGUAGGGACCAUUUUUCCCUACGUGGAUCCCUCAUCCUGUAGGCACAUAGACGCGGGGAGAAGAGAAGAGAAGUGGGUCACUCGCAUACUUUCGCUUCAUUAUCGCAAGUGUUUUCCUAUUAGUGGGCCGGGCCGUCCUUGGAUGACACUGCUGAACAGAAGCCACCUUAUAAACACAACGUAUUUGUAAAAUAAACGCAUCCCAGUCUUUAGAAAUUGAUACAGAGAGAAAGAGAAGACACAGAACAUGGAAGUGUCUUUAGUUUGUGAUGACCUUGUUUCAUUUCCUGCCACUUCAGCAUGGAGACAGCGCUGUCGGUAUUCGCCAAACCUCCUCGCACCGUCUGGUCUGAACCGGUUCGGAAAGUGCGCGGUCUCGUGCGCACUGCAGACUCCACGCACUGAUUCACACAGUACUCCGCGCGCCCUCACCAGGCUCGACCCCCUAUUCCGCUUAGUCCGCUCUCAUUGGUUAGCACGAUCGCGGCUCGCCCACACCUUCCUCAUGCUGUUUGGACAAUAGGAAACUUUAGGUGUUGCGAUUGGCUCGUGCCCCUCCAAACAUUUUAUUUUGGCAGGCCCCGUUUACUGCGCACGGGCACGCGGAGAAGUGGAGUUGUAAACGAAGCGUGUGCACUUUUCAGCACCAAUACCUCGUGGAUAGCAGCCAAACGGAGCCGAGAGGGCAGUCGUUGUGGGUUAGCUUAGUUUAUUGUGAUAAACCAUCGACUUUGCGGUUUGCAACGCUGUACAACCGCUGCGAUCACGGGAAAACUUUAUUAGUAGUUUUGAGUCGACACGAGGAAGAUAUAAAGCAGCGCAGCUUCAGCUUUGUCUGCCCCGGCGGGCAAAUUCUGCCAAGAACUGCAUAUCGGUUGACAGAGGCAAGUUUUUGCGGAUAGAAAUAUCGUUAUUUUCGGUUCUCUUGUGUCGAAUUUGCGUGGCCUGGGCUCAAUUAGCAACGCCCCGGGAGGACUAAAUGGCUGCAAAUGAAGGCAAACAAAGGUGAUAAAGAAGAUUAUUCAUCCUAGCCGGUUCGGCACAGACAGCGGUUCAGCCGUGGUCCUGUUUUUAGCCACAUCACAGCCCUGCUCGUACCGCUAGCCGCCGAGGUCUCCAUUGUGUGAGCAUCUCUGUGCUAUUCCGCUGCCACCCGACCCCCGGAUCCCGCGCUACCACCGCACACCUGCCGCCUCCCCCCGCUACGGAUUUCCUUUUGUAACUUUUUGAAUCCACGCACCCAAAAUGUGUUCUCGGGUUUGGUUCGUGACCGACCGGCGUAUCAGCCAGGAGUAUCCCCAAGUCCAGAUCCUCCGGGCACUGAAGGAGCGCUGCGCCGACGAGGAUGUUGAAUUCCGCUCUCUUCUCAUGGAUCAAAUCGUGCUUACGAUCACUGAGGGACAAUUAGGUCUGCGAGUGGAGCAGGAAUUGGUAACAUCUUAUCCACAGGUGGUGGUGGUGCGGGUGCCCACGCCCUGGGUGCAGUCAGAUAGUGACAUCACUGUGCUGCGCCACCUGGAGAAGAUGGGCUGUCGGCUGAUCAACCGGCCCCAGGCUAUACUCAACUGUGUGAACAAGUUCUGGACCUUUCAGGAGCUGGCCGGCCAUGGGGUGCCUCUUCCUGACACCUUCUCCUACGGAGGGCACGACAACUUCCGUAAGAUGAUUGAUGAGGCAGAGCCACUGGGCUACCCGGUGGUGGUGAAGAAUGCACGUGGCCACAGAGGCAAGGCUGUGUUCCUGGCACGGGACAAACACCACCUGACAGACCUGUGCCACUUGAUCCGCCAUGAUACCCCUUACCUGUUCCAGGAGUACGUCAAGGAGUCGCAUGGUCGUGAUGUGCGGGUGGUCCUGGUGGGCGGGCGUGUCAUUGGCUCGAUGUUACGUUGCUCCACUGAUGGUCGCAUGCAGAGCAACUGCUCCCUGGGUGGUGUAGGUAUGAUGUGCCCACUGAGCGAGCAGGGCAAGCAGCUGGCCAUAGAGGUGUCUAACAUCCUGGGCAUGGAUGUUUGUGGCAUUGACCUCCUGCAGCUCAACGAUGGCUCAUUUGUGGUCUGCGAGGCCAACGCCAACGUGGGCUUCAUCGCUUUUGACCAGGCCUGUGGCAUGGAUGUGGCAGGCAUCGUUGCCGACUACGCCCUGUCGAUGCUCCCCAGCCGCCUCACCCGCAAGAUGUCCUUGCUGUCCGUCGUGUCGAGCACCAGCGAGACCAGCAGCGAGCCUGAGGUGUGCCCCGUGCCUGCCGGUGGCGGCUCGCUGCCUGAGGCCGUAUGCAACAUGAGCGUGGGAUCUACUUCCAGCGAGAGUGACCCGGAGCUGGCUGAGCCCUCACAGUCCUCGCCCCGCCAGUCCACUGCCCCUACCUUGCCCGAUCUCCCUGACCUCCCUGAUCCAGCCUACAACUUCAACACCCUCCUCGCCAACGAGAUCAAGUUAUUGACUGAGUGAGAUUCAAGCAGCUUCAUGCACACACAAACACCACAAAAACACACUAAAAACAUGCAUAUACACACACCUGCACGCAUGCCAACAGACAUUCCUUUUAAAAACACAUAUCAGUCCAAAAAUUAUUAAAACUUAGGGUGUUAAAUGCAAAACUAGAGCAGAGAAAAACAGAACACAUAUGCUACAGAAAUACAAACACCAAAACACUAGCCUUGUCCUGCUUACUCCCUUAAAAAAAGGCAAAGAUCUGAGGCUGCUCCCCUGACUCUCCUCUCUUUGCACCUCUACUCCCAAACUGCAAACCCCGCAAUCUAAACUCAGCUUACACUGCAGCAUGGUGGAGAGAGUGGGAUAUAUUGUACACAACAUAACUGCCAAAUGCCUCUUCUAGUUUUUGUUUUGCAAAAUAGUGAGGGUGAAGGUUUUUGGGUGGGUGUGGGAUUCCCAUAAAAGCAUACACCUGCCAUGUUUUUAUCCUCACAAUACAGUAACAUUAUUUAAAGGAGAAUCUAUGUUGACAUAUAAAAGGGUUUUGUGCUGAGACUGUAGUCAGGUUUGGUGGAUUGGAGGCAAAAUGAAGUGUUUUUUUUUCUUUUUCAAGUGGUUAGCUCCUUGGGAGAGGAAUACAUCCUCAUGAUAGGCACAUUAUACUGUCAGUUCCAAUGUAGCAACAUAGUGCUCCUGUCAGGGACACAGAACAGGAUGGGGACUGUCCUGCAGCAACUGGAGAUGGAGGAAAUUAAUUUCAAAUUUACCGUUAUUCAUAACUGACAUGAAAGAUUAAUUCACUCUUCACCACAUGACAUAUGUCAUAUAUUGUAAAUCCAGCUAAAAAACAGAAUGUAUCCACAAUGGUUUUUUUUAACCAGGUUAACGAAUAACUGUAACUAGAAUCCACAGAAUCCCAGUUUCGAUCACUGAUAUUAAAAUGUAGCUGGAGCUGCUACACUGACAGUGAAUAAGAGGCUGAUGUUGUGGUGUCCAAAUAAUUUACUUUUCAUGCAUACAUAAGAAUAUAAUUUACCCAGAUUACAUACCCACAGCACCAGAAAAAUCAUUGGGGUGCUAACACGGUGUCCAUAAAUUAAUUCUCUGUUCACUGUGAAUGAAGCAGGCUAAUGUAAAUGUGAGUGAAACUGCCCUAACCUGUGCGAGGUAGUAGAUAGUAAACAGCAGUUUUGUUGAAGAGUCAUGACCUGGAAUAUUAAAAAUGAAUUGAUGAUGAGUGCCAUCACUCGAUUUUUAAUUUUACAUUCCUAGAUAGCUUGUUUGAUUAGCCUUACCACCAGCAGCAGUCUGCUGCUUUUUAAAAUUCAUUCAAUGUCUAGCACUUUAUGAUAAACAGAUGCUUUUUUUGUUCUCACUCAGAUGACAUAUUUAGGAAACAUGAGACAGAGUGUGAAACCUGCGUCUACACCUGCAAAGCAAAAUAUACCUCAAAAACAGUGACUUCUCACUGCCAUAGAAAGACAUAGAUAUUCAAACAUACAGUACAUAUCAGCCAGGAUCCUUGUGGUUUUCAAAUGUCCCCUGAUUUACCAGCUGUUCCCUCUCUUUAUGUCUAGGAACUAAAAAGGUAGUUAUGUAUUAUUUUUUUUUAUUUCUAGCUUUUUGUAAAUAUUUAGGUAGUGAAUUAGCUUCAGUGCAUACUAGUAUCCAGCUGAUGAAACUGGAAUGGCUGAAAUAACUGCCAACAUUGAAAUUUUUCAUAAGCUAUUGUGGACAAACUUGUUUGUGCAGACCUGGAAUAUUGAAAGGUUGAGACUGAAAUUUGGUGCUAACAUUUCUGGAUUUGGUUAGAUGUGAUUUCUCAGUCAUGAUUUGUAGAUUUUACCUUUACUGUUUUCACUUUGUUUAGUUUUGUUUUUUUUUUUUGUUUUUUUUUUGAUAAAAAUGAAGUAUCAUAACCCACAAAAUAUGUUGGCAUGAUGUACAAAUAAAAAAUGGAAACUAUAUUUUUGCAGUCUUUUUGAAUAGAAUGUUACUUUCUCUUUACUUAGAAAACAAAGAAAAAAACAGGGAUUUCAGUGGCCAAGAGCUUACUGCUUAUGGUUUUCUGUUCCUCUUGAUUUACCUCCUGCACACCCUCUGAAAUAACUAUCAGCAUUGAGGCAGGGUACUCUGGGGUAACUACCAUUGAUUAAGAAUAAUUUACAGAUCUGAUCAAAAGCACAAAUGUAAACCCUAAGUUGCUGCACAUAGUAACGUCCAUGUUUUUAGGCUUGUAACCCUUUCUGUUGAACACAACUCAGGGAAGCAGCCUGGAUCUCACCCCUGACCCCCAAAGGAACAACAUAUCCAUCCAAGCUAGACACAUGUCAAAAACAUAACACAUGCCUACAGUCAGACAAAAAAAGACACACAAACAACAAUGAAAAAAAGGUUGUAAACUACAGUAUAAGACAAUGUGGUGUAUACCAUGGUUAACAUGCACUUUUUUUCCUUGCUUGUUUUAUAUUGUUCCUUGUUUUCUUCCUAAUUUAUGGUAUUUUUAAAGAAGAAAGUGGUUUGUGUGCACUAAUAUUGUCUCAAUAAAGUGAAACCGCUGUGAA